GUUUCAGAUGGCUCUCAAAUCCUCCUCUUACACGGCUCUCAAGGACUUCAUCCCCAAAGAGUUCCGCCAUAAACCUCGAAGCAUCUAGGCCGACAACAAGUAUUUUAUCUCUUCUACUUUCAUUCUUCCAUACGUCUUCCCUGGUCAUCUUCUUUCUUCACAAUUGCUCUUCGGUCUUCCUCACUUCAAAAACUUUAACCAUCUAGAUUCAUUUGCUUUAUGGAGAAUUCCAACCACACUUUUAAUCUCCACCACCCUCCAUAAAAUCUGAAGUAUAUAUGUCUUCCUCUCCAUUAGCUCAUUCGAUUUUUACAAGAAUGUGUUGGGAGAAUGACUCUUAUUGUUUAAAGUGUCCAGCCCAAAUUACUUUCUAUUCAAGGGCCUGUUUUCUUUUUAGGCCCAAAUAUAUCUCUUUUCAUAUUUGGGAAGAACAGAUUCCGUUAAAUGCUCCAGGAUAUGUGCCAAGUGCAUCCCUUUGAUCAGGUAAAAAAUCCCAUAACUUCAUCUCCUAUUUUUCUGGCCAGAGCAGUUAAAAAUACUUCUAUAAAUUGAGGGAUGAUUCCCUGAAACUACAUACUCGAAUCCCCUCCCUCUUCUCAAAUUUCUUCUCCUUUAAGCAAUUGUAUUGUGCAAACUCCAUCCUUUCAACCAUGUGUGCUCGUGUUUGAAAGUAGCUGUGUAAGCCUUGGGGAACGAACCAGCAAUAUACGAUUAGCACCUGAGUCGUGCCGAAUUUCGUUUUCAAGACAGUGGUCUCCACGACACAGCUUGAACUCUUCUCUAUCGAUAAGUUUCCUGUUGUUUCCCUCUCCUAUUGCUAUUAAUAGUUGCUGCUGUUUUUCCAACAAUUUUGAAAACGAAAUUCCUCCCUUUCACCAACUAUUAAUGGCUGUGAAUAUGUCCAAAGCUAUUCCUGACAUGUCAAAACUGGAACCUCUUGAUGGCUUGAACUAUUUUUACUGAUAUUUUCCAGAAUAUCAGUUCUCUUUAAUGACCCUUUGGAACUAGAUCAUGUUCUCUUUAAUGACCCUCCUAUUUUACCUGCCUCUAAUACUGCAAUUGUCACCCCUGAGUCCACCCCUCUUCUUAUCAAAACCAAACCCGUAGAUGAAGAAAUGAUCCAAAAAUAUGAAAAGGACAAUAAGACCGUUAGGGGACAUUUGCUUAAUCAUAUGAUCAACAACCUGUUUGAUCUUUUUGUCUCUUACAAAUCUGCUAAGACUAUUUGGGAUUCUUUGGAGAAGAAAUAUGGUGCAGAUGAUGCAGGGAAAAGGAAGUACGUGGUCAGUAGAUGGCUGGCAUUUAAAAUGGAGGAUGAUAAACCAAUCAUGGAACAAGUUCAUCUCUAUGAAAACUUGUGCACGGAUGUUUUAAAUGAAGGAAUGAAGAUGUGUGACAUAUUUCAAGCAAAUGUUCUGUUGGAGAAGUUCCCACCUUCCUGGGCUGAGUACAGAAACCACCUGAAGCACAAAAAGAAAGAUCUCAACUUGCAAGACCUUAUUGGCUACAUGAGAACUGAGGAGGCCAAUCGAUUGAAAGAUAAGCUUGAUUCGAUUUCAUCUAUUUCUGCUAAGGCUAACCUUGUUGAAACAGGUGGCCCUUCUCAUAACACCAGGUUCAAGGGAAAGGGGAUAAAUCGACAAAACAAAAAUCAACACAAAAUUCCUAAACCCGAAGGCAAGAUCAACAAGAAGGUGGUUUGCUAUGUUUACGAAGUUCCUAGUCACAAAGUCUUCCAAUGCUCUAAACGUCAAAGCUCUGGACAUAACAAUCAGAAGAAGGGCAGCAGUUCUGGAGUCGCUCAAGCCAGCAUAGCUGAACAUGAGGACGUUAUAGCUGCAGUGGUGGUUGAAGCAAACUUGGUGGACAACAAAAUUGACUGGAUUUUGGAUACAGGGGCAUCAAGACAUCCGUGUGCCAACAAGGAGUUGUUCAGGGAUUUUGAAGACGCCACUGAUGGUGAAUGUGUCUUCAUGGGAAACUCAAGUACGACAGGAGUCCUUGGAAAAGGGAAGAUUAUGCUCAAACUCACCUCUGGAAAAACAUUAUCCCUUUCAAAUGUUUUAUUUGUUCCCUCACUGCGUCGUAACCUAGUGUCUGGUGCCUUACUAAACAAGGCUGGUCUGAAACUCGUUUUUGAGGCUGACCGAGUUGUCAUUACACGAAAUGGGGAUUUUGUUGGGAAGGGUUAUCUUAAUGGGGGGUUAUUUAUUUUAAAUGUUUUGAAUGUUGC